AUGCAUUCGUGGCGAAUACCUAAAUUCAAACUAGGAAAAUCCAAAGAAGAGAGCGGAAAUAAUGAAGACGACAAUGAAAAAUCAUGGGGUAAUAGUCUCUUUCAUUUACAUCUCGGAGAAAAGCAUCAUAAUGGCAACCCAAAGAGCCACGAUCAUGAGCAUGAGCAUCACAUAAGAAAGAUCAAUACAAAUGAAACUUUGCCCAGUUCCUUAAGUUCUCCAAAAUUACGUAAUGAUACAUCAUCCAAGAACUCAUUGGGACCGGAAAGUGCCAAUCCUGGGGAUUUUGAAAGGAAUGCUAGUCAAUCGUCUACAGAAAAAAAAGCACCCGGUUCAGAAUCCGGAUUAAUGACAGUGAAGAUAUAUUCCGGUGAAAAUUUUUCACUUCCGUUCCCAAUCACUUCUAAUGCUACUAUUUUGGAAAAAUUAUUAAGCUCUGGUAUUCUUGAUUCAUCGCCCAAUGACGCCUCCGAAGUUGCAACAAUAAUGCAGGAAUUGCCGCGAUACAAGAUAGCCGACCAAGGUUCAGCAGGAGAAGGCCUAAUAGAUAAAACUUAUGCUACCAAGUUUGUGCCUUCAACCAUUCUGUUACCUGGAUCAGCGAAUCCAAGUCCUUUGCUUUAUUUUACGAUUGAAUUUGAUAACUCCAUUACUACUAUCGGUCCUGAUAUGGGCAUGAUGGAGCAGCCUGUAUUUAAUAAAAUAUCAACAUUUGAUGUGACAAGAAAGUUACGAUUCUUGAAGAUCGAUGUCUUCGUCAGGAUACCAUCAUUACUUCUUCCUUCCAAGAACUGGCAACAGGAGAUCGGCGAACAAGACGAUACUUUAAGAGACAUUUUCAAGAAGGUAAAUACUAACCAAGAUGUUCAUUUGGAUUCCUUCCAUUUACCAUUAAAUCUAGAAAUUGAUUCUGCGGCUCAAAUAAGACUAUAUAACCACCACUGGAUUUCGUCAGAGAGAGGAUACGGUAAAUUGAACAUUACUGUGGAUUACACACCUUCUAAAAACAAGCCCCUUUCUAUUGAUGACUUUGAUCUCUUGAAAGUUAUCGGGAGAGGUUCAUUCGGUAAAGUGAUGCAAGUAAGAAAGAGAGAUACUCAAAAGGUUUACGCUUUGAAGGCGUUGAGAAAAGCAUACAUCGUAUCGAAAUGUGAAGUGACGCACACUCUAGCGGAAAGAACAGUUUUAGCAAGAGUUGACUGCCCCUUCAUUGUUCCUUUGAAGUUUUCGUUUCAAUCUCCAGAAAAGUUGUACCUGGUACUAGCUUUCAUAAAUGGCGGUGAACUGUUCUACCAUUUACAACAUGAAGGACAAUUUAGUCUAGCACGAUCCCGGUUUUAUAUUUCAGAACUAUUAUGCGCCCUCGAUUCGUUACAUAGACUCGACGUCAUUUAUCGUGACUUGAAGCCGGAGAACAUUCUACUGGACUAUCAAGGCCAUAUUGCAUUGUGCGAUUUUGGACUUUGCAAGCUGAAUAUGAAAGAUAAUGACAAAACAGACACUUUCUGUGGUACUCCAGAAUAUCUAGCACCGGAAAUCCUCUUGGGACAAGGCUAUACCAAGACCGUAGACUGGUGGACAUUGGGCAUAUUGCUAUACGAGAUGAUGACAGGGUUACCGCCGUAUUAUGAUGAAAAUGUUCCUGUGAUGUACAAGAAGAUCUUGCAACAGCCAUUAUUGUUUCCUGACGGAUUUGAUCUUGCCGCUAAAGAUCUGCUGAUAGGUCUCUUAAGCAGGGAUCCUAACAGAAGACUGGGCGUUAACGGUACGGACGAAAUCCGCAAUCACUUCUUUUUCAAAGACAUCUCGUGGAAAAAGUUACUUUUGAAGGGUUAUAUUCCGCCGUACAAGCCACCCGUGAAGAGUGAAAUAGACACGGCAAACUUCGACCAAGAAUUCACCAGGGAAAAACCAAUCGACAGUGUAGUAGAUGAAUAUUUAAGUGCGAGUAUUCAAAAGCAAUUCGGCGGGUGGACAUAUAUUGGUGACGAACAGUUAGGAGACUCCAUUUCACAGGGUAAAAGCCUUCGUUAA